UGAUAUUAAUAACUAAAUACAACAACAGUAAAUUUAUUAGUGCAACUACAGAGUUCAUUAAACUAUACAAAAAAAUAUAAAUGUAAAAAGGACAUUUGAAAAGAAUAAUUUGCACUUUUUAAUGUAUUGUAAAGUUUUUAAUAUUAAUAGAUAGUUUCAAAAUGUUGAGAAGAAACUUUAUGCAUUUAUUAAAUUCGAUAGAAUCAAGAACUGGUGGAUAUAUCUCGUCUGUAAGUACAGGAUCAAGACAUUGUUUCUUGCUCAAUAAUAAGCAAAAAUUCCAUCAUCAAUGGCUACUUAGUGCAAAAAAACAUGAAACGAAAAGUAAGCAUGUUCAUGACCUAGAUAUAGUUGAUCAAAACACCUUUAGCUAUAGAACUCAUACCUGUGGAGAGUUGAGAUCAAAUAAUGUCGGACAGAAGGUUUUACUCUGUGGGUGGGUGCAAUUUGUGCGUUUAUCGAAAUUUUUGCUUAUCAGAGAUUCAUACGGACAGACACAAUGUAUAGUAAAUAAUUCUGAUAUAAAUAUUAGUGAUAUACCAUUAGAAAGUAUAGUUAUGAUUAAUGGUACAGUAGCAGCAAGGCCGAAAAGUAUGUAUAAUCCUGAAAUGGAAACUGGAGAAAUUGAGGUUAUUAUUGACAAAAUAGAUAUCUUAAACGAAGUUGAUAAGUUACCAUUUAAUUUAAGAAAUUACCAGAAACCAAAGGAGCAAUUAAGACUCCAGUAUCGGUAUAUAGAUUUACGAUUUCCACAGAUGCAAAGUAACCUAAGGCAACGAUCAUUAUUGUUGCAUAACAUGAGAAAAUUUCUUGUCGAAAAACAUAGAUUUGUUGAAGUGGAAACACCUACUUUAUUUUGUCGGACACCAGGAGGAGCUAGAGAAUUUAUUGUACCGACUCAUUAUUCCGGCUUAUUCUAUUCUUUAGUACAAAGUCCACAACAGUUCAAACAAAUGCUCAUGGUUGGUGGUAUAGAUAGGUAUUUCCAAAUUGCUAGAUGUUAUAGAGAUGAAACUACAAGACCAGACAGACAACCCGAAUUCACGCAACUUGAUAUUGAGCUGUCAUUCACUAAUUUAGACUGUAUCAUUAACAUGAUCGAGCAAUUACUCCAAGAAACAUUUUUGGAAGAUCUACCAAAAUCACCAUUUAAAAGAAUAACAUACAAGGAGGCCUUAGAAAACUAUGGUUCAGACAAGCCAAAUUUAACAUAUGAAUGGAAGUUAAAUAAUAUUAGUCAUUUAUUGGAACAACAUUCUGCAGAUCCCAAUUUUGGAGCAUUUUCUUUAGCAUAUUCCAGUUCAUUAGGUAAGCUCACCGCUAAAUAUAAAGAAACAAUAAAUUCCUUAAGAAAGAAGUAUAAUGUAAGAAUAAUACUCAAUGAAAAUAUAUCAAGAGAUAUCGGCCAAGAUAUAAAUAAUCAACUAAAAGGCAUCACUGGUGAAGAAAACGACAAUAUUAUAGCUUUAGGUGAUAAGGACAAUGCAUGCCUAUGUUUAGGUGAUAUACGUGAAUUGCUUGCGCCUCUAUUAAAAUCAAAAAAUCUUUUAUCAUGGAAAGAUACCAUCGAACCAUUGUGGGUGGUAGACUUUCCUCUAUUUGUUAAAGGAGAAAAUGGUUUACAAACAUGUCAUCAUCCAUUCACGGCUCCACAUCCUGAAGAUUUGCAUUUAUUGGAUAGUGAUCCCCUGAAAGUUAGGUCACUGGCCUAUGAUAUUGUUUUCAAUGGUAAUGAAGUAGGUGGAGGCUCGGUGAGAGUUCAUAAUGCAGAAUUACAGAAAAAAAUACUUGACAUUUUAAAUAUAGAUUCAAAUAAUUUGUUACAUUUUAUUAAUGCUUUAAAAAGUGGAUGUCCUCCACAUGGGGGAAUAGCUUUAGGCAUAGAUAGACUUAUGGCUAUUGCCUGUAGAGCUGAGUCUAUUCGGGACGUUAUAGCAUUUCCGAAAACUCACGAAGGUAAGGAUCCAUUGUCAGGUGCACCGAAUAAAGUGAAUGAUGAAGACAAAAAGUAUUACAACAUAAGAAGUAUUGAAUAAAAAUAAUCAUAUUUUCAUGUGCAAAUUGUUUACAUAUUUUUAUAUAAGCAAACUUAA